AUGGAUACAAACUCUUAUCUUCUUGACUUGGCUGUAAAUUCUUCAGACUCAAGAGAUGAAAAUCUAGCUAAGGCGGAGGUGGCGGUUCUAGGUACUAUCUUAACAGUCACAACUCUGGGGAACUUAGGUGUUUUGCUUGCCAUAUAUCGCAGAGGGAAGAAGAUGACUAGGAUGCAUCUAUUUAUUGUGCACCUUGCAAUCACUGAUCUAGCAGUGGCAUUAUUUCAGAUCUUGCCCCAACUGAUUUGGGACAUUACUUUCAGGUUCAUAGGAUCUGACCUCCUUUGCAGGGUUGUGAAGUAUACCCAAGUGAUGAGUAUGUUUGCUUCCACUUACAUGCUAAUGAUGAUGACAAUAGACCGAUACAUAGCUGUCUGCCACCCCCUAAAGACUUUACAGCAGCCAAGUAGACAUGCGUAUAUCAUGAUUGGAAGCACAUGGAUCAUCAGUUGUCUUUUGAGUCUACCUCAAAUAUUCAUUUUCUCGCUAACAGAAAUUCAACAGAAUUCAGGAGUGAUAGAUUGCUGGGCCGACUUUAGGUACACAUGGGGCGCCAAAGCCUACAUCACUUGGACCACUGUAUCCAUAUUUGUUGUGCCUGUGGGAAUCCUGGUGGUCUGCUAUAGCUUGAUCUGUUUUGAGAUAUGCAAGAAUCUCAAAGGGAAAAUGCAGACAUCUGGGGCAAGACGCAGAGAAAGUAAUGGCCAAGUGAUGCCUUCCAGAGUGAGCAGUAUCCGGACAAUAUCAAGAGCCAAGAUCAGGACAGUGAAAAUGACUUUUGUCAUUGUUCUGGCAUAUAUCAUAUGCUGGACACCCUUCUUCAGUGUUCAAAUGUGGUCAGUAUGGGAUGAAAAUGCCCCAGAUGAUGAUUCGUCAGACUUUGCUUUCACCAUCACUAUGCUUUUGGCCUGCCUGAGCAGCUGUAGUAAUCCGUGGAUCUAUAUGUUCUACAGCAGUCCUCAGCUGUGUCCACAAAUGCCCUUUUCUCUUGCCCGAAGGCAGAACUCCGCAGGCAGCGCCUCCAGCCGACGGGACACCCUCCUGACACAGUUUCGUACACGAUCUUUGAGGAUGCAGGGCACAUGCCACAGCAUAAGAGAUCUGUACCCGGCUUAUGAAGACACAGUGGUAGAGUCAGGACUUCUCUGAUACUGAAAAAAUGUCUUUGACAGUAGAUGACUCACACAGAAAUGAGUGA